CUCGCCACUGACACAAAACCGCGAAUUACCCACAUAGCUGACCACGCGCAAAUGAGCCACUACGACACUGCAGAGCCGGCGGCUGACGACGAUUUCGGGCUGGUGGAUUUCGACUUUGCUGACUCAGACACACCCGCUGCGGCGCAUGCCGAACAUAAUGAGUCCCCGGCGCUGCCAGGUGACGAGUUUGACUAUGCAAAUAUGGAUGACGCAGACUUUGAAAUGCUGGUCGAUAAUCCGCCCACAGAAACUGCCACCGCCAUCCACAGCGAUACCGAGGGUGCUGGCCAACACACAGAGGAGCUUGUCGACUUCACAGAAGAAAGUCUGAUUGAGCCCGAUAGUAUUGCUGAGGAUGCCGGCAGCUCUAGUCUGCCUGAUGAUGAAAAGCUCCAUGACAGCCUCACAGUGAACCCAGCCGAGUCUGCUGAGGUAUCUGUACUAGCCCCAGCGCCUUCGGGCCACGCUGACGAAGAUACCAAUGGCGCUGAUCUGCCUGCUGGAACUCCCGCCGAGUUGAUAAGGUCUCCUGCGUUACGCACAGCCGGCACCGAUGAUAGUCUUGCGGCUACCGAUAAUUAUGACUCGCUGGUCACGGAUCCCUUCGAGUCGGCCACGUCGCCAGCUCUCCCACCUGCAGAUUUCGUGCACGACGUUGAGGGCACACACGCUGUUGACCACAGCGUCUAUGACCACCAGACAGAGGACGAUGCGCUUGUCAACUAUGAAGACUCAGAUGUUGAGGCCGAAAUCGAGGAGAUCCGCACGACCGACCCGACCCGGCGGGUGCCAGAUGCGCAGGUUCCAGUAACAUGGGUAUUUUGCGAAGGCGACUGGAUGGUGUACCUGGGACCAGAGCAGACAUCGUAUGACGCAGAGUACCAGCAUGUUCUGUUCCACAUGUCGAUUGCGCAGCUUAUUAACAACCUGCACACGGACACGCUGCUCAAGGACGAAGUUGAAAUUGCGCUCGAAUUUCCGUCGCUGGGUCUGAAAAUCGAUAUGCGCGACCAAGAGAGCUUCGAAAUUACUCUGGCCCAGCUAUAUAAGGAGAGCCAGUUACCUUCUGGCCUAGCAAGCUCGCCAUAUUUCACAUCUGCCUCUGCCAGUAACUACUGCCCGUCACCCGAGUCAUUUGCCUUUGUCAUCCAUACCCGCAACUCCGUUCAGAGCACUCUUGAGCACAUCAUGCACACACUUAGCCAGCACGAGGCAUCCAUCGAGGCAGUCAUCCCGCCCUCGGAAGAUCCUGUCACCGUCGAGGGGUCCGUCGAGCCCGAAUCUGUCGAUGAAGCCGAGCCGGCUGCCCUCUCAGAGGAGGCUGUUGAGCACGUUCCCAGAGAAUCAGACCUGGAGGAUCACAGCGCCGACGAGUCACUGGAAGCCGCCGCCUAGUCAAGACCAGCGCAAUUAAGCAGCUUUUUUGUAGCCUUUUUCACUAUAAAA